UAAUUCAAACUUCUUAAAUAUAUUUUACUUCUGCGUGGGUGCUUUGCUUCAGUUCCUCCGUUACAGUGGCGCAGUUAUUAGCAGCGUCACAUGCACACUGCAUCCAAUUAAGUCUCACCGAAACGAUUCGUUUCGAUUCGCGAAUCGAACCAUCAUGAAACCCUACACCACCACCAUUGCCGAUUACCCCAGAACCACCCUCAAGAUCCUCUUCUUCUUCUUCUUCGUCGCCCUCACAUUCUUCUUCGUCGGCAAGCACUUCUCCGACGGUUCCUCUCCCCGGCUCAUUUUCUUCUCCGCCACCACCACGUCCGCCGAGGUCACCGUAUCCCCCAACUUCAACCAAUUCUUCAAUGUCUCCGCCAUAAUCGACGACCACACGCCUCCAAAGCCCCCCGUACCUUUCCCCGUUCCUCCCCCCGCUUCUGAGCCUCAGGACGUGUUCAAGCGCUUCGGGAUCCUUAAUGAGAAUGGCACCAUGUCCGACGAGUUUGAGGUUGGUGAUUUCGAGGACAGCGGGCCGGAUGAGGCGGGGAGCGUGAGCCUCGUGGCCGAGGAUUCUGACUCAGCUCCCAGAGUGUCUGUGAGCAAGUUUGGAAUGUGCCCGCGCAGCAUGAGCGAGCUUAUACCGUGUUUGGACAACGAGGAUGCGAUUCGAAAACUCCAGUCCACGGAGAGAGGAGAAAAGUUCGAGAGGCACUGUCCCGAAGAGGGGAAACGAUUCAAUUGCUUGAUUCCGCCGCCUAAAGGGUACCGUCCCCCGAUUCCUUGGCCCAGAAGCCGCGACGAGGUUUGGUACAGCAAUGUUCCUCACACUCGUCUUGUUGAAGAUAAAGGGGGUCAAAACUGGAUUUCCAAAGUCAGGGAUAAGUUUAGGUUUCCUGGGGGUGGUACACAAUUUAUACAUGGAGCUGACCAAUACUUGGAUCAUAUUUCCGAGACGGUUCCUGAUAUUAAGUUUGGGCAGAAUAUAAGAGUCGCCCUUGAUGUUGGCUGCGGUGUUGCUAGUUUUGGUGCAUACUUACUGUCACGAAAUGUCAUAACCAUGUCUGUUGCUCCCAAGGAUGUUCAUGAGAAUCAGAUCCAGUUUGCUCUUGAGCGUGGUGUGCCAGCAAUGGUUGCUGCAUUUGCAACUAGACGAUUGUUAUAUCCAAGUCAAGCUUUUGACAUGAUACAUUGUUCACGCUGUAGAAUUAAUUGGACUCGGGAUGAUGGUAUUUUACUGCUUGAAGUUAAUAGGAUGCUAAGGGCAGGAGGGUACUUUGUCUGGGCUGCCCAACCUGUUUAUAAACACGAGGAGGUGUUAGAAGAACAAUGGAAAGAGAUGCUUAAUCUUACUACUCGUCUAUGCUGGAAGUUUUUGAAAAAAGAUGGGUAUGUAGCAAUAUGGCAGAAACCUUCUGACAAUAGCUGCUAUCUAAAUCGUGAGGCAGGGACUCAACCUGUACUGUGUGACCAAAGUGAUGACCCCGACAAUGUUUGGUAUGCUAACCUAAAAGCUUGCAUCUCCCGACUGCCUGAGAAUGGAUAUGGAGCAAAUGUUGCCAGAUGGCCUGCACGAUUGCAUACUCCACCUGAUAGGCUUCAAAGCAUAAAAUUUGAUGCUUUCAUAUCCAGAAAUGAGCUUUUUAGGGCCGAAUCAAAAUACUGGGGUGAGAUCAUAGCAAGUUAUGUACGUGUCUUACAUUGGAAGAAGAUGAAAUUAAGAAAUGUUAUGGACAUGAAAGCUGGUUUUGGAGGAUUUGCAGCAGCAUUGAUUGAUCAGAAUCUUGACAGCUGGGUUAUGAAUGUUGUUCCUGUUAGUGGUUCAAACACCUUACCUGUUAUAUAUGACCGUGGGCUGAUUGGAGUUAUGCAUGACUGGUGCGAGCCGUUUGACACAUAUCCGAGAACUUAUGAUUUACUGCAUGCUGCGAACCUGCUUUCUGUUGAGAAGAAAAGAUGCAAUGUUUCAUCAAUUAUGCUUGAGAUGGAUCGCAUACUAAGGCCUGGUGGACGGGCAUACAUCCGUGAUACUCUUGCCAUCAUGGAUGAGCUUAUUGAGAUUGGUAAUGCCAUGGGCUGGCAUGUGACAUUGCGAGAAACAUCUGAGGGUCCUCAUGCAAGUUAUAGGGUCUUGGUUUGUGAUAAGCGCCUUCGCGGUUAAUGAAAACUCUCACUCUUUUACAUCUCUGCAACUGCAAUGGGGAAAUCAAGAGAAUAUAGUCAGACUGAUUUUCUACGAAUAGGAGGAUGAGGCACUAGCAAAUGUCACUUGUUUGUCAGUUGGUUCUUGACCCCCAAUCGCCAGAGCAGCUAGAUUCGUAUAAUGUGAACGCCAUGUAACUUGUUUAUAUAAUUCAAUUUAUUUGUAUAUCAGUUUUAGGACGAACACCAGACAAAUUUUAACUUAAAUGUCCUUUUUCUGUUUCUCACCAUUCCACUCGUAUAUUCAGUUUGCUGUAACCAAUUGUAAUUUGUUUCACAGUACAUGUUUGAUCUUGUUAAUGUAAGUAAUACUUCCAAACA